AAUUUUUUUUUUGUAAUCUUUCGCCUUCGCGAUCUCGUCGCUAUGCUAUUUCCCUCGGUGUUUGUGAUCGCGCUGAGCUUCGCGAUCGGAGUGCAGGCACAACCACGCAGUGUCACUAAUACCCCAAUUGAUGGAUGCUCGACACUUCCUAGCUGGAAUAAUGAGACGAAUAUUGCUGGUCCGUGGUCAUUUCAGCUCACGGGAUGUCGGAAUGGGACAGCCUUCAAUGGCGCAUGCAAUAUCGAGGGCUAUGGAGCUACCUGCGACGUGAAGCGGUCGGCGGGAGAUAAAGGAAUUGAACAUGGAAUUAUUACCAUCGGCGACAGUUUACACAGUACGAAGACGAUGUUCCGCUGUAACGGCGCAUUGCACACCUUCGAAGCUUAUGUUCCUUCCGGCGCUAGCGGGUUAGAUUGGCAUGCGAUCGGGAUUCGUCGAGAUCCUAGGACGGGCGAGAUGGAAUGGGGACUGGGCUCCAAGGAAAGCGAUUCCGUCGAGGUAUAUCAGCAAUACGCCAACGGGGAAUCGGUUGAUGGCUUCCUGCUGGGAUCUCAGGGUCAAACCAACUGGGUGGUCCGGGAUUCUGGCUCGGAAGUGAGCACUUUGGAUCACCGGCCGUUUUGGUCCCUUCGCCUGGCUGGAUCGAAGACGAAGCGACGGGCUGGCGAGUAUGAAACUCAGCUUCGCAUCGAUAGCAGUUAA